UGAUUGACGGUAUAGAAUUACUGGCAUAAUUCUGUGCGUAUAACGCGAUUAAUAAUUAUUUCGUAUAUUAUUAAACAAAGAGGUUUGGAAAUGCGAAUAAUUUUGUUGUUUUGGAUUUGUAUUUUUUCGCAAAAUUAUGAAAUGUGUGUCACAGAUUAUACAGGUAUAGAUAUAGGUUACAGCUGCAAACACGACACUGAAUGCAAGGCAGGGAACGGUGGAGAAUACUCUAAAUGCAACCAAGACUUGAACAUAUGUAUUUGUACAAUCAACCACCUUGGUGAAGAUAAAUGCAUGUACGAUAGCGAUAAAUAUGACGGUGUCUGUAGACGGCAGUCACGUUAUAAAGAACCGGGAAUUUGUACUUUGGAAUGUUCACCAAAAGGAACAAUACAAAUGGAGAAGAAUCAAGAUUGGUAUGGUGACAUUGUACAGCCGUUUGCAUCAUUAAUACUUGAUAAAAAGACGUGUGUUUGUUACGACCCAAGUAGAGCGCUUAACACACUUCCUGAUGGAUUUCGGAUAGAACCGUCAUCUAUACCUAAUGCUGGUUUAGGAGUUUUUACAAAUAUUUACAUUGAACAAGACACAAUGUUCGGUCCAUACAAAGGUAUUCUUGAGCUAGAUGCCGACAGUGCCGAUGCGUCCGGUUAUAGUUGGAGGAUAAAUCCACGCAAUGGUGAGGAUCGAGCUGUAUGGGUAGAUGCCAAGGACAUUUAUCUGUCUAACUGGUUAAGAUAUUUCAACACCCCCACUUCUGCAUCUAUGGAAAAUAUAGUUGCUGUCCAGCAUAAAGGCGAAAUGUAUUAUCAAGCAUUCAGGUCCAUACAACCUGGAACAGAGUUGUUGGUUUCGUAUGGCGAAGCUUAUGGCGAAUUUCUAGAAAUAGAAAAAUUUGAUUCUCCAAAAUAUUAUUACGCACACCCGGGAUACGUGGGCGGUUCGUGCGAAGCGGAAGAAGAAGGACGUCGCUGUCUCCAUGACAAGAACACAGUUUGUGCAGACAAAUCUUGCUUCUGUUUACCUGGAACUCAUGUAAGAGCAGGAAUGUGUAUAACUGAUGAAACACUGGGUGGAAGAUGUGUGGGGUCAGAUGGGGAGAUUUGUAAACGUGACAAGAACGCCGAGUGCAAGAGGGGAGUAUGUACAUGUAAAAGCUAUACUAGUCCAGCUAAUGGAGUUUGUAUACCUGAUGAAACAUUUGGUGGGCGGUGUACAGGAAAAAACGGCGAGAAUUGUUUGUUGGAUAACAACACUGAGUGUGUAAAUGGUUUAUGCAGAUGCAGAUAUGGUACUACUGGGAUAGGAGAAAAGUGUGUCAUAGAUGAGAUGUACAAUGGUAGAUGCAAUGGUAACGACGGGGAAGCAUGUGAACUAGACCAAAAUGCUGAGUGUUGGGAUGGUAUAUGUAUAUGCAAGAGGAAUGCUAGCGAAAUAAGUGGAAAAUGUGAACUUGAUGGAGUACUGGGUGGUAAAUGUGAAUCUAACAAUGACCUUUCAUGUGCAUUGGACGAUCAGACAAUAUGUCAUAGCGGAAUCUGUAUAUGUAAGAAAGGAAUGACCAAUACUGAUGGAGUAUGUAUUUUAGAUGGUUCCUUGAGAGGAAGAUGCGUAGGAGGAAAUUGUCUUGGGCAGAAUGUGGUUUGUGACACAGAGUCGAACACGUGCGUAUGUCAACCACCCUAUCUUCCUGAUAAUGGCAAAUGUGCGAAAGAAUAAAAGAUAUACACUGUCAAGAAGAAGAAUUCCUGAUUUCAUCAAGUUAAACGAUGUGCAGUAUUGUGGAUAAAGUGGUUCUUUAACAAUUUCGGUAGUGCGUUGACCCAGUUUCCUUUAUAUAGGUUACUGACCGUUCCAAGGCGGUGCCCAUAUUUUCAACUUGUUUUCUGUCCGUUACGUAUUUUGUGUUGCGUAUAUUGUCAUGUUUGUUGUUGGCGUUUCUUUUCUCUUUCUCCUCGCUACCACUCAUUACCCCUCGCAUCCCUCCCUCCUUGCAUUUGCGCUCCCUGGCAUUUGCACCCCAUCUUCUCUUGCUAUGAGUGAACUAUCGCGCCCAUCGGCCGUCCUUAGGCGCGUGCGCGUGUGUAUGUGUGUCUUGGGCGGUGCCCCACUGUGAUUUUUCUUACUUGUCUGUUUGUUUAUCUGUGUAUGUUAGUUGCGCCUGUGUGUGCGUGCGUGCGUGUUUGUCUUUUGUAUGUGCGUGUUUGUGCGUGUGUGUAUGUGUGUGUCUGUUGCUGCUGUUUACGGUGUAGGGAGACUGCGUUUUAGGAAGGUGGCUUUCCCUGUUGAAUAUUCAUCUUUGUUCCACUUUCCCAUAACACCCGACCCUUUUAUCUACCCUUUAUCCCCCACGCUCCCUUUUUCUGUAUUUUGCAUAUAAUUAAAAUGCACUUGGUGUUGGAUUUUUGAACCAACCCGUCUACAAUAUGUUCCGUUUCAGCUUCUUUUGGUUGUGGGCCUACUUUGCGAUGCAUAGCUCUAUGGCUGUAUUUGGAGUCCUCUGUGCUUCCAGGAAAUCUACCAUUGCCUUUUAUCUUUUACCUUUGAUUGCAUAUUCCCUAUACCUGAUGCAUCUCUACUGUGCUUUAUAUGUGUCUUUAAAUCUAUUCUAUGAUAAGAUGUCUGAGUGUGUCAGUAAUUCAUGACAGCCUGUUAGGCUGGUCAUUGUAACAUUACAUUUGGAGUUCCAAAUUCCAACAUAAACCUUUUAGCGUGGAAUAAGUAGUAUGUAAGAAAACUAAACACAGAAAAAUGUCCUCAAAAUUAUCAUGGUACAUUUUUUAGAUAUUGCAUCCGUAAUUCUGAAGUAAUGUCUAUUACGUAUUGUGGUCACUACUAAGGACCAUAUGCUGUAUUGUAGACCGUAGAUGUUAUCUUUAGUAAAAAAUACUCGGAAUAUAGAGCACAUGUGACACUUUUCGAUAUAAUUGCUGUAUGUAAAAUUAAAUUAUAGGCAAAUCAUUGCUACCUUUAAAGUUCUUAUACUCAGAUAUAUACAAU